CGCGAAACUUCAAUUGGCGUCGGGAAAGGACGGCGAGCAUGGUCAAGAUCUACAAGAUGCUCGUGCACUGGGGCUUCCUCUUCACAGUCCCGACCGUCAUCGCCAUGACCGUCUUCAAGCCGCUCGACGAAGACGCGCAGCGCGAGAUGCUCGAGAAGAAGUACAAGUCGGACGUCGACCGGGCCAAGAAGAACCGCGCCAUGUUCAAGGAGUUGCUUCUGCCGUCGAGCGACGCCUCAGAAGGCAAGAAGAUGAGCGACGAAGUCACCGACAUUUGGAUGAAGGGCGACCCGAAGAUCCGGCCCCCGGGCGUUUAAAUAGCGUGAUUUCCUACAACUAGCUUCGACUCGACGCUUCGACUACAUGGCGACGUAGUCGCCUUCGC